GCAAAAUGUCCUUGUUGGUUCUCCUUGACAUCUCAGCCACCUUUGAUACCAUCGACAACGGUAUCCUAAUUGGAGAGGGACCACAAAAUAGAGACUCUUUAUGGUAAACUGGGAAUCCAUAACGCAUUCCCAGGCAGCUGAGAAUAGACAUUAUUUGCCAAAAAGUAUUAUUUUAUAUAAAUAAUAUGGUAAAACACUGGUCUAGUUAUACAAAUUCUAUUUUUCUAUUCUUUACUUGGAGUGCUUCUGUGUCAGCACAUUUAAGAAUGUACUGAUAAUGAACUAUUACAGACUUCAAAGUACAGAACAGAGGAAGUCUGCAGGCAGUCCCUAAAUGCUGUUCUUGUUUUCCUGGGAAAUACAAGGCAAAGGGUGUGGUUGAUGCAGGAAUACUUGCAAUAGGUACAUCAAGUGCAGAAUAAUUAACUCUUGGCAUUGUUGUUCUUCUAAUUUGUCCUUUGUAUAGCUACUUUUCAGCCUGCUGAAUUAUUUGAACAUGUGGCAAGGCAACCAGAGGAAGAACUUUAUUAAAAACAGAGGAAGUCUGGACUUAGCAAGAUUAGUCACCUGUUUUAUGCCAUGUCAGCAGAACUAGGACAUGAAUUCUGUGAUUAACUUGUGCAGCUAGGUCCAACUGUUGACUACAGUUAGUUGGGAUAUCUUCUGUUCUGGUCAAUUCCAAAUGGAUCUGAAUGUCAGGGGAUUAAUGCAAGUAAAUAAUUAAAUGUCUUCUGGUUCUUAAUUAUUUUUCUCAAGUUCCUCUAACACAUCUCACUUUUUGGUAUCAGUUUUAUUUAUACAGUGGCUGCCUACCUGCUGUUUUUCAGCAGUAUUUUCCUGAUGGAAAUAACACUGAUUACCAAGAACAUAAACUCCUGUUUUAUUUUAUCCUGAAAGCCAUGCUGUAAAUAACCCAAUAAUGUAAAGAUCUCUGCGAAAUAGAAGUGUGUUUUGUUUGAGGUUUAUUAUGCAUGAUUUAAUAUACUAAUAAUCUCAGUUUCCAAAAAUUUGAGUGAUUAUGAGGGGAGGAGGAAACAGCCAGAGAUGAAGGAUAUGUAUAGGAGCUGUGUAUCGGGCCCUGUGGGGAACACGGCAAUUUCUAAAAUCAGUAUUAGUGCACUUUUUUCACCAACCUCAUUUUGCGGGGUACAAAAAUGUGUGCAAGCUUUCGAGACAGCCGGGUCUCUUUCUCAGGCAACAUAUUACAAAAAGUAGGUUCAGCCGUUCUCUUGCUUUUGAUAUUUUUGUCGCGCAUUCUCCCUCGCCAUCAGCCACAAAGGUGUGGACCCUCUCCCGCCCAACCCAAACCCGGCUUCUGUGGAAGCCAAAGCUUCUGCCAACCAAGCUUCUCCUCAGUUACCGACAUUUUCAAAGGUUUGUGGUGAAAACCGAGAGUGGGAGGAACCACGCGAAGUCCUCGGGGGUUCCACCAGAGACAAGCGAAGCCAUGAGGAUAGACAUCCAUUUUGGAUAAGGCGGGAGGGGGGCAGGCGCGAGUAAAGCGUAGGCGGUCUUCGCCCUCGCCCAAUCCAGGGAACACUUUAAAAGGAGUUGGGGCUAGUGCCAAUUUUUCGAGCCUCGGCCGCGCGGUCUCGUUGCUCUGCCAGAAACGCAGCCCGGCGGUUCGUGUACGGUUGGCGGCGGCCUCCUCCCAGCCGCCCUCAUGUUGCCCUGCGGGCAGCGCCAUUGUCACUCCAGGGCGGAAUGGCUCUUCUUAUCGGUCCUCCUCGUCUUAGCGGAGGGACUCGCUGAGGGGAAUGCCGAGGCGGCAGAGCAGCUGAGCCCCUAUUUCGGCACCAAAUCCCGCUAUGAAGAGCUCCACCCGCACCUGCUGGAGGACCCGCUGUCCCUCGGGCCCCCGCAGCCGGGCUUUCCGCUGCCGCCGGCCUCCUGUACGCCUCUUAAGCUCAUCGGCGUCUUCCGCCACGGCACCCGCGACCCCACGAGGGAGCAGAGGGAGAAGCUGGGCCGCCUCCACAGCCUCGUCCUCCAGAGGAACAGCAGCAGCCCGACCUGCCCGGCUGUCGAGCGCUUGUCGCGCUGGAAUAUGUGGUUCCGUCCCGACACGGAUGGGAUGCUGGCGGCCCGUGGGCACUACGACAUGGAGAUGCUGGCCGGGCGCCUCGCCGCCCGCUUCCCCCGCCUCGUAGAGCCGAAAAGCCGCUUCGCUUUUGUUAGCAGCUCUAAACAGCGGUGCAUCGAUAGUAGCACUGCCUUCCGGAAAGGACUCCGACGGGCUCUCCACGGGCACCACUCCACGGCCAAAACAAAUGUAACAUUGACAGAAACAUUUGAAAUUAAGGACAGACUAAUGAGAUUUUUCGAUUACUGUGAAAAAUUUAUAAAAGAUGUAGAAGACAAUAAUACAGCCAUGUUUGAGGUCAAUGCCUUCAAGAAAGGUCCUGAAAUGAAGAAGAUAGCGGAAAAAGUUGCAAAUAAAUUAUGUCUACCAGCAGAUGAUCUAAACGCAGAUUUGCUUCAGACAGCAUUUUUCACUUGUGCAUAUGGGUUAACUAUAAAAAACAUCAACUCCCCCUGGUGUUCACUCUUCAAUAUAGAAGAUGCCAAGGUACUUGAAUAUCUGAAUGAUCUAAAGCAGUACUGGAAGAGAGCUUACGGAUAUCCUAUUGACAGUCGUUCCAGCUGUAAUCUUUUCCAAUAUAUUUUCAAACAUUUGGACCAAGCUGUUGUGGAGAGUAAAAGUUCAAAGCCUAUUUCUUCACCUGUGAUCCUCCAGUUUGGGCAUGCAGAGACCCUUCAACCUCUCAUUGCUCUAAUGGGCUACUUCAAAGAUAAGGAACAUCUUACAGCUAAGAACUACUAUAGACAGAUGCACCGGAAGUAUCGUAGUGGUCGGAUUGUCCCUUAUGCCGCAAAUCUUUUGUUUCUGCUUUAUUAUUGUGAUCCAGAGGAGAAGUACAAAGUUCAGAUACUGCUCAAUGAGUGGGUGUUGCAGUUUCCGUUCUCAGAGGAUACUGCUUCCCUAUACACUAGCCUGAAAAACCACUAUAAAGAUUUCCUUCAAAAUUGCAACUUUGCUGAAGUGUGUGCAGUGUCAAAGAACACUUCUAGGUCUGGUUAAAUGUAAAAGGGACAGGUCAGGGAAAGUAUGGUGGGUGUAAAAAUGUAAACAUAGACAAUUUGCUAGUUUUGCUACUGGGUAGAAAGCUAUUGACCAUGCUGUAUUUUAUACAUAAUGGCUGGAAUCCUGUUAUGUUUCUACACUGGCCUAACACAGUUGAUGCAAAUCCUCACAACAAAUGGCCAGAAGUGACAAAGUAAGUGUACAUCAUUGCUGCAGCAUGCUGAUUUUUUCACUUGUGGUAAUUUGCCACUGAGAUUUAUGUUGACUCUGUUAUGCCAGUGGGUGUAACAAUGGCAUUUGGGCCACUGAAUCCUAAAAAUAAUGUUGACACAACGCCAAGCCUGUGGAACAUCUAUCUCAAAAUAUUCAUUCCUGUAUUUUGGGAAAGGAACAAUUAGCUUUUUAGUAUCUAGUUAGAAUCUGUGCUAGUCACUGCAGCUUUUACCCUGUAGUAAUGUCAGUUACCUAAAUGUGAAUGGUCUCAAAGUUACCAUGGAUCAAAAUUACUGUUUUGCUAGACAAAUAAUGUGUAAAAAAAAAUUUU